AUGCUCGGUGACGUAUUCAGACACGGUCGAUUCCUUAUUAAAUAUGAACGAGGGUCACCCUACCGUCCGAUAGUAAAGCCAAGGUUGGCGCACACUGACAACUACGAAAUCCUUGGCUUCGGUCGGCGACCCGCGGAAGUGCCUAGACCAGCCCGACUUGAUCCGCCGCCACCGUCCUUAUUGCCUUACACGAGCAUUAACACCGAACAGCCGUCCGAAGACGCGGCUCACAGUAACUGGUCGCCGGUUUUAUGUCAUCGUGUCACACGACCUUCAAAUUUGAUGUUUAUGUAA